UUGUGUCCUGGUGAGCGGCAUGGGCCAGGCGGGCAGCCAGCCUGCGCCGGCGCCGACACAGCGCGCGCGCCGGGCACACACGCUGCCCCACGAGCCGCCGCGACACGCGCCCAAGGUCCUGCCGUCGCUGCCGGAGUCGCCGCGCCUGCGCAGCACCGACAACGGCGCCAUCCUGCAGUCCGGCGGCACCAUCAGCGGCCGCCGACCCGCCUCCACGUUGCACGACACCUCCAGGGUCCCCCAUGGACAUGUGCACUCCAACAUAAUGUACCGCUCCCGGUCGGCGGGCGCGCCGGGCGAGGCCAGCGAGCAGCGCGCCCGCGAGCGCGACCCGCUGCACCGCUCGCACACCAACCUCGACCUCAGGCACAACGACAGUAGCAGUAGUUUAAAUAAAAGGUUUGGAUCAGAACCUGAUCUGCGAAUCGAAGAAGAACAGCAAAAGCCCAAAUGUAAUAAACAUUUCAGAAAAAAAUAUCGAGCACCACCUCCUCCUACCCAUGAUAACUGCGAGGGUUCAUCGCCAGAUUCCAGCGAAGGGAACGCGAGAGCAGAACCCCAAAGGAAACUAAGGCUUUUCAAAACUAGAAACGAAACCAAAAAACUGAACGGACACUUAGAUAGUAAACCAGCCUUCAGAACUAGUAGUACAGAGUACAGAUCGCUAGACUAUAAUGAGAACCAAACCUUUGAAAGAAGAUACAGAUCGCCGUGCAAAGACAAAGAGCAGCAUUACAAGUACCCGGACAACAAGGAUAUGGUGCAGAGUUCCGCGUCUCUGAAAAGAGAGGAACGAAUAUUGCAAACGAAACAAGACUACAGAAAAACAAGGACAGAUAGAGUCAGCGGGUGUAGAGCGAAAACAUCCAAGACAAAUGAGCAGAGUGAGGCGUGGAAGACACCACUUCUAAACAGGAAUUUCAGAUAUUCCGAAAGAUUCAAGAAGGAAGACAGUGAGCAGCCCUCACUGAGGAGAGAAAAGACAUUCGACAACACUUUACACGUGAGUGAGAAAGAGAGCGAGUCUCCCAGAGCCAUACAUGAAAACAGAAUCAAAGCCAUAGGCGAGCAACUGAAAGGAAGUCAUCUCAGCCCGUUAGCGGACAACAAGCCUUUGAGAAAAUCUCUUCCUUCACUAUUAAUGAAGAAUAAUGAAGAAAAAGAUGAAUUCCAAGCUGAACUUAAAAAGGCAACAAGUAGGAUAAGAAACGAAUUAGGCGGUAAAAUUAAUAUUAGUGAAAACAAAACUAGUCAAAACGAUAAACCGAGCGCGCAGAAACCAAACCCAACGAAAUUAGCAGUCCAGAGCAAAGUCAAAGAGUCUAGUCUUAAACCGAGCAAUGUUAUCAAACCAGAAACAAAAUCAGCAAUCAGCAGACGGCCUCUGGCCCGAACGAAUGAAGUCAAACCUAAGACAGCCAUCCCACAGAAAACUACUCCUAAUGCGAAGAGUAAUGCAAUAGUUAGUAAAUCAAAGUUUACCGGCAAAGAGAAUGGCCGGACGAUACCGGACAGGGGACAAGCUUCUGGCAAAGAAUCUACACCUGAACAUUCGCCGACUAGGAAAAAGGAUAUUGCGACUAGCCAAACUGCACCAGAAAAACAAAAAUCAGCGCCAUCAAAGCAAUUCUACUUCGGCAUGAUCGAGAGCAAGCAGACGGCGCCGCGCGACCACCUGAAGGAUUUCCCCGGGCUCGGCAGCCCUAUCAUCGAGGAGAUCAGCAACUUCCACCUCAUAGAGAAGAAGCUGCUCGGUUACCACGACGAAGACGCCGAGUUCGACAAGUUCAACGCCAAGCUGAAGGAGGACUGCAAGACUAAGAACUUAUCAUCAGAAUCGGCGCUAUCCUCAGACGGGUCUGAGGGCUCGGGCUCCGAGGGCUCGCUGGGCAUCGCGCUGCGGCUGCGGCCCACGCUGCCCAAGAAGCAGCCCUCCAUGCCGCGCUUCUCGCCCGCGGCCGCCUGGAGGCAGCUCGCCUCGCUCGACGCGCACCUGGCUUCUGAAACGCAGCCACUGGCGGUGGAAACCAAGAUGUCAGCGGACAUAUCAGCGGAAUCAUCGCCGCGAUCGGAGCAGUCGGCCGACAAGUCGGGCGACUCCGGUAUCUCGGGCGACCACGCGCACAGCGACCAUCGCGUCGACUCGCCAAGACAUCACACCCAGGAGUCAUCUCCCGCUGCAUGGACGCCCCAACAAGACCUGGGCGACAGCAGUUCGGACGGGGCGGGCGGCGUUGCGCUGCACGUGGGCGGGCCCCGCGUGGCCACCUACAGCCCCGGCGCGCAGCCCUUCAGCCUCUCCCUGCCCCGGGACGGACAGGACAGGGGCAAGCCCUUGCAGCAAGGCUUCAACAGCCUUCAGAAGCUGCGGAAGUCGGUGUCGGGAGCUUUGGGCGCGGCCUUGGGCUCCCGAAGGUUCGACCUGGAGCACGAGCCGAUGCUUCAGGAGCCUGAACAAAACUGGUUCUUGACGAAGUCAGCGCCGAACUCGCUGAGUAAUCCACUGCUGUUCCAGCAGCCAAGGGCUAAGGGUUCUACUGAGGAAGACAUUAAAGAAGAAUCAAUUGCACCUUCCGAGAAGGACGACAUGGCGGCGUGGCGGCCCAGCAACUCGUACCUGUCGUGGGGCGGCCACGUGAUGUACCUGCCGCCCGCGCCCGCCGCGCCCGACCAGCCGCUCUCCAUGCUCGCCAUCGACCGGCCUGUCAGGAGCAAGUCGAGCGGCUGCCUGGAGGCGGCGGCCCGCGCCGCGCGCGCCGCUCUCGCCAGCGAGAUGCGAGAGCGCGAGCGCUCCGCCUCGCCCGAGCUGGCGCGAGCGCUGCCCGCACGCGUCGAGCCCGUUAGCCGCACGUCAAACGCUCCUCGCGGCAAGCGGUUCACGUUCCAGUCGACGGUGCGGCAGCUGGAGCGGAGAAAACUAGCGGAGAAGCUGUCCCGCGAGGCCGAUCUCAAGGAGCAACAGCGCAGGACCGAGCUGGAGGCCAUGAGACGCGUGGAAGAGGAGUUCCAACGCAAGCGCGCGAGGGAGAAGGCCAACAUUCGGCAACAGCUGCGACUCGUCAGCAGCGGCGCCGCCAGCAUGCCCACCACCACGCAUCACACCAAAACGAGGGACGAGCCCGACGGCUCGUGCAGAGACUCGCCGGCGCUGGAGCGGCCGCGAGAGAGGCGGCAGGGACACAGCAACGCGUCCUCGGAGAUCAGCGGCAGGAGCAAAAGCACUACGCCGAUCCGCUGCGUGGAGCUGAGCGAGUGGCGCACGGAGAGCGAGGCGCGCGUGUACCGCGACUGGGGCUCCGCGCACGCGCACCCGCCCGCCUGCGCGCGGAUGCCCAUGUCCACGCACGCCGCCUACAACGCGGUGGAAGUAGAAGCGUUCAGCGGCAGCCCGCGCUCGGACAACUACCGGCUGGAGUUCGCGCGCGGACGCUCGCCGCGCACGCCGCGCCCGCCGCGCCUGCUCGCCGCACGCUCGCCCUCCACCUCCGGCUCCGAGCUCAGCCUCCGACAGCCUAUUAAGAUCAGUAACCCUCCACACGCCCACGGGAUCAGCAGAGAGUCAACUAAAGAGGAGCCGGAGGAGCCCGCCAUCGUCCCCACUCUUCGGCCGUCCGGGCCGGCGCGGGCCACCGUCGCCAUUCGUUGACCGACUGUCGACGCGUGAGGACGUCUGAAUUAUUCGCGAUGGCGACGAAAGAAAAACGUGAACUGUAUUUACUCAGUGUCGAACAGAUUUAUCAAUGAGUAAAUCCAUCACAGAACUGUCUUGGCUCGAGUUAGAUAGUUAAGAAUUUGUCUACUGCAUCAACUGAACAAUAGUUAUGUCACUUGGGGUAUGUACUCAUAUUGCUCAAUUCUAAAGGGUUCAUAUUUGUCUAAAUAAGAAUUGAAAACAAAACUUAGUAAAAAGUUUUUAAACUAGCAGACUUGGUUAGAAACAGGUCAUAUUUGAACCGAAAGUUGAUGAGGGAAGGCGGGCAAAACGAAAGGAUUUCCUGCAGUCGUCACGCUAGCCCCGUGCCCUGUCACUCAACAUUUGGGUCAGUUCUGUCAGUCAACCUGUAAAUGCUCCGGUCGCUCGUUUUGUUUGUUUAUAUACUCGUAGGCACCACUUUUAAUGAGUUAGUUGUAUUUAACAUUAUCUUAUGUAACUUAGACGUAGUUAGAUCUAUUUAAUUAUUAAUUUUCGUGAAUUUAUUUUUUGUUGCUAAUUUUGACUCCGAUAAGUGCUUUAAUGUCGUUUUCUGUAUAGUUAGAGUAAAGUUUUAAUGUAAAAAUACGUAUAUUCGUUUGUAAUAAGUCAAGUUUAGCUUAAGCGAUCAUAAACAAUGCAAUAGCUCUCGUCUUCCAAUGUAAUAAUUAUAAUUACUCAAGCUUUAAUAUAGACUAGAAAUAUACGUAUUAAAUCAGGUGCUAUUACUUAGAUAACGUAUUAUCGAACUGUAUUGAUUGUAUCCGAAUGUUAUUAGAUUCUUAAGAAACGCCUAUGAAGGUGGAAAAGUAUUUCCGAAUAAUAUUUCACAGCGACACAAUGAAGACAUUCAGGAGGAUUAAUAUUGUUACCUUUUGGCUGCGAGUAACCUUUCAGGCCGAUCAAUCAUAACUUUUAUACCUCUACACAGUAAAUUAUAUGCUAGGGGUGCCAAUCCUUAGUACAUAUCGAAUCGAAUCGAAAUCAUAAUGUUAAUGGAAAAAGGUUGCAAAUCCAAUCCAAACGUAAAUUACAUUAAUCAAUUUCAAAAUUUGCAGCAGGCCUGCUUUUGAUUGUUUACUGCUUUAUAUCAAUGUAAUUGAAAACUCUUUCAUAAACUAAAUUAAUUCACUAGGUACGAAAUAACUAAGUAGCAAUAGAUACGAGUAAAAAAUACAUAAAUAUUUUGUUGUGACAUGAAAUAUGAUCGUCAUAAAACUGGCACCCCUGAAGGGGUGUGGAAGACCAGGCGCGGCAAGUGGGUUAACGACGCCAAGCCUGACCACGCAAUCGCUAAUGAAUACUUUUGUUUGGCCCAACGCAGGUUAUAC